CUGGCAACCCAAAACCCAAUGCCACCUCUUCGAAUACCAAUCGACGGAUUAUGGCGCUGUCUGUGUCCCUCAAUCGAUGCUAUUUCUCUCCAACCAUUCUCGACUCGUCCCUUCUCCUUCUCCUCCCAAGUAUGCGCCAGACGAUCAAAGUACCAGUGCCAUGAAAAAAGAGUUGUGCGACCUCGAAGCUUCCAUAACUCCCCCCUCAACCUCGAAGAAAACGACACCAAUAGACUCACCCACGCAGGAAAGCGUCGCGUUCGGGUAAUCAGCAACUUCACACCGGAUCAGUAUCAACAUGUUCCUCUAUCACGAUUAUACGAUCAGCUGCAGCGCAUGAGGAAUACGGAAGGGGGAUACCAGAUGAUACUUGAUAUCGUGGAGCAUUUAAUCGCCGUUCGAGGGGAACAACCGACAACGCUCCAUUAUGAGGCUCUGAUAUAUGCAAAUGCCGAUGCGGAGCAGGGCAGCGUUGAAGCCGUCAAAGACUUGCUGCGGGCAAUGAACGAGGAGGGCAUUGGUCGGAGUUCCAGUGUGUACCAUUCUGUUCUCCAGGUACGAUGUCUUGGUUCUCUCUGACUGCUUGGAAAAGUGCUAACACAACGAUAGGUGUUGGCUAUCCAUCCGGACUACCUCCUCCGAAAUGAAAUGCUACAAGAGAUGAAGGAGCGAUGGUUUGGUCUCUCGCCCGACGGUUGGCAUAACCUGGUUGCUGGACUUCUAAGAGACCGGCAAUACGAGAUGGCUAUGGACAAGCUAGAUCAGAUGCACUCGGACGAGAUUCCUGUUCAGGCAUGGCUGUAUGAUAUUUUUCUUUACAAGCUAUGUCAUGCUGGAGAACUUGACGAAGCUCUGCAGUUACUCAUCUAUCGAUUCCAAAAAGUCAGAAAACAUAUAGCAUCACCAGUUUGGUACUAUAUGCUGGACAAAUUUAGCAGAGCUUUUCAUGCAAGUUUUCUUCCUCUUGGUAUAUCUCUCAACUAACAGGCCUCCUAGUAUGAGGGUACAAAAUAUAUCUGGAAUCUCCGUGUUAGUUCAUCGUAUCUCAACCCUUCGGACGGUAUAUGUGCGAAUGUUCUCAAUCUUGCAGCAAGAUAUGCGGACCCUAUCCUUGCCACUGCUGCAGUCAAGCGUCUUUCUUCACGUCGUACAGUUCUCUCCUCAUUUCACUUUGAAGCUCUUCUUGCAGCUUAUACGGGAGCCGAAGAUCUCACUACCGCUUUUCGUAUCCUUAACAUCAUGGAGAAGGCUAAGAUUAAGCCUGAAUCAGCUUCUACCCGCCCUAUUUACACAUAUCUGUCCCAAUCGCCCACUCGGCCGAAGCAAGCUUGGUAUGUAAUACAGGAUCUUUUUACACAGGGACAUCCCAUUCAUGUUGCAGCUGUCAAUGUGAUCAUUGAGGGAGCCAUUGCCAACGAUAAUUUUGAGGAAGCGAUGGGUUAUUACAAAGAGUUACAUAAAAUCUGCGCAACAGGCCCCAGUACGGAAACUUUCAACCUCCUAUUCCAGGGUGCAGAAAAAUGCGAAAACAUGAAAAGCACAGCUAUGUUCCUCGUUGCGGAGAUGAUCGCAGCAGGCGUCAAAGCCGAUUUCCUUACAUACGAUCGCUUGAUCCUGAUCUGCCUCAAAGAAGAUGACUAUGAGGAUGCAUUCAGGUAUCUUGACGAGAUGAUUGAGGUUGGCAAGGAUAAAUUCGAGAAUGGACAGAAAGGGUGGUGGAUGAGGAGGGGUACGGCGGGGUUGAUGGUCAGGCGGUGUGCGGAGAAGGGGGAUGAGAGGGCGAAGUUGAUUCUGGAUCAGAUAUCUAUGAGGUUGUAUAGGGGCCAGAUGGCGAGUAAGAGGUGGUUGGAUGCGAUGUAUGAUCUUGUCGAGCAAAAAUUGGCGCGGAAGGAGGAGUCUGUGGAGGAGGGGUCUGCGAAAGGGGAUGUGCCGCAAGGGGAGGAGAGGUACAUGGGCGGAAAGAGUGAGGUUUAG